CCUCUCUCUCUCUGUCCGCCACUCUCUACCAGCCACUCUCCACCAGCCACUCUCCACCAGCCACUCUCCACCAGCCACUCUCCACCAGCCACUCUCUCACCUGUCGCCUCCACCCCGGCUUUCCCGCCCACGUGGGAUCGCACGUCACGGCUCUCUCGUCCCGCACCAGCGCACCCGCAAUCCGCCGCCAUGUCCGAACGAAAGGUGCUCACCAAGUACUACCCCCCAGACUUCGAUCCGUCGAAGAUCACUCGCCAGCGCGGCCCCAAGAAUGCCGGCCCCAAGCUCCAGACCGUUCGCCUCAUGGCCCCCUUCUCUAUGAAGUGCACGCACUGCGGAGAGUUCAUCUACAAAGGGCGCAAAUUCAACGCGCGCAAAGAGACGACAGACGAAAAGUACUACGCCAUCGCCAUCUUCAGAUUCUACAUCCGCUGCACACGCUGUUCCGGCGAGAUCACAUUCAAGACCGAUCCAAAGAACAUGGACUACGAGUGCGAAAGGGGCGCGAAGCGAAACUUCGAGCCCUGGAGAGAGGCCAAGCUCGCAGAGGAGACCGAGGAGGAGCGUCUCGACAGGCUGGAGAAGGAGGAGGCAGAAAGGGAUGCUAUGAAGGAGCUCGAGUCGAAGGUCAUGGACGCCAAGACGGAGAUGGCUAUUGCAGAUGCGCUCGAUGAGAUUCGUUCGAGGAACGCGCGCAUAGCAAAGGCAGAGCAGGACGGCACAAGCGUGGACGUAGCACCCCCUCCAGACGACGCAGACGCUCGGCGGCAGAAGCACGACGAGGAAGAUGCUGAAGCAGCGCGACGAGCCUUUGCGAACCGCGAAAUGCCAGAUCUUGGCGAGGAGGACAUUGACGAGGACAUGGUGGAUGAGCCUAUCGAAGUCGUAGCAACCCCGGCCUUCAGCAAGAAGCCAAAGGAGAAGAAAGACUUUGGGGCAGCCCUUGGAAUCAAGAAGAAGGCACCUGCGCCGGCCGUGUCAGCACCAGUCAAGGCUGCACCCGCUCCCUCGAAGCUCUCGACGAUGCUGGUAGCGGGCUAUGACAGCGACGAUGAUUGAGACCCUCUCUCAGCAGCAUUUUCCGGCGUUCUUUUCCGCAUUUGGAACACAGGAAGAUACCAAUUCGAACUUGUUUCUACCUCCAGGACCUCAUCAGUCCAGCACAAGCAAUUAGCCGUCUCCAGGCACGCGCCGGACGUGGUCGUCGUAUCCAGCUCGACCGCGGCCUUGGCCCUGUGCAGAUCCGGAGAAACCGCCUUGCUUGUCC